ACGGGGCGCGUGCGUGGGGAGACGCGGCGGUGCGGGGCGCGGCACAGCCUCCCGGCUCCUGCACUCCGCCGCCGCCCGCCGCCCGCAUCGAUCCCGCAGCCUCCGGCGAGCCGGUCAUCAUCGCGCGCGACACGAACGCGCGCCGCACGCGAACUUCGCGCGUCCGCACGCGUACACUCGCCCGCUCCGAGCUGCACGCGCCCUCUAUAUACCUGACCACACUCACACAGUAAUGAGAGGCGUUGCGGUCGAGACAUAAAUACGGGCGCCGUCGGUCAGUGACAAGUCCGUUUUACAAUGGCUUCCGAAAAAGAAAAAAUGGCAGCGGCCGAAACGAAGUCGCCAUCCAACAAAAGCAACUGCGCCUCACCUGGAAAGAAAGGUGACCCCGACGAACAUGGACUAUCCACGGACAAGAAUAAAGGCUGCGACACCAACCUUUAUCUCUAUCACGAAGAGAUCGAGGACCGACCUAGAGCAGCCACGUUCCUCAGCUCGCUAGCGGACUAUGCGAAUACAAUCCCCACGGCGUCCGCCGCAGACCCUGAUGCCCCCAAGCCAGCCCCACCGGCCCGUAUGGGCACGCUCAUCGGCGUGUACCUGCCUUGCAUCCAGAAUAUCUUCGGUGUGAUCCUAUUCAUCCGGCUCACCUGGGUUGUCGGCACCGCUGGCGCUAUACAAGGAUUCCUCAUUGUUCUAACCUGCUGCUGCACGACGAUGUUAACCGCAAUAUCAAUGUCUGCCAUCGCAACGAACGGCGUGGUGCCGGCGGGGGGAUCGUAUUUCAUGAUCGGUCGGUCCCUGGGGCCGGAGUGCGGCGGGGCGGUCGGCAUGCUGUUCUACACGGGUACAACCCUAGCGGCCGCUAUGUACAUCGUUGGAGCUGUCGAAAUCGUACUGACUUACAUGGCACCGUGGAUAUCAAUUUUCGGCGAUUUCACUAAGGACCCAGAAGCAAUGUACAACAAUUUCCGCGUCUACGGAACCGGUUUGCUCCUCAUUAUGGGGAUGGUUGUUUUCGUUGGAGUGAAGUUCGUCAACAAAUUCGCUACUGUCGCACUGGCCUGCGUCAUCCUCUCCAUCACUGCGGUAUAUGCCGGAAUAUUCGUCAACUUCUAUGGAAACGAUAGCUUACAAAUGUGUGUACUAGGACGCCGCUUGCUCAAGGAUAUUCAUAUUAGCAAUUGCACAAAGGACCCAAAAGGCGAACUGCAUGCAAUGUUCUGUCCCGAUAAAAUCUGUGACCCCUACUACGAAGCCCACAACAUAAGCAUUGUGCAAGGAAUUAAGGGUCUCGCAAGUGGGGUUUUCUUCGAUAACCUCCAGGACUCGUUCAUCCAAGAAGGUCAAUACAUCGCAUACGGCAAGGAACCUGACGACAUUGAACAGAUGGAGAGACCUACCCACAAUCAAAUUUACGCGGACAUCACUACGACUUUCACAAUUUUGAUAGGCAUAUUCUUCCCUUCGGUGACCGGCAUAAUGGCUGGUUCAAAUCGCUCCGGAGACUUGGCCGAUGCUCAAAAGAGUAUUCCAAUUGGAACUAUUUGUGCGAUCCUCACCACUUCCACCGUCUACCUCUCGUGCGUGCUGUUAUUUGCUGGCACUGUCGAUAAUUUGUUACUCAGAGAUAAAUUCGGUCAAUCGAUUGGCGGGAAAUUGGUCGUUGCGAACAUGGCGUGGCCAAACCAAUGGGUGAUUCUGAUCGGCUCAUUCCUGUCGACAUUGGGCGCGGGACUCCAAUCUCUAACCGGUGCGCCGCGACUACUGCAAGCCAUCGCCAAAGAUGAAAUCAUUCCUUUUCUCGCUCCAUUCGCAGUCUCUUCCAAACGAGGAGAGCCUACCCGGGCCUUACUCCUGACCAUGGCAAUCUGCCAAUGCGGCAUCUUACUCGGGAACGUCGACAUCUUGGCUCCCCUGUUGUCCAUGUUCUUCUUAAUGUGCUACGGAUUCGUCAACUUGGCUUGUGCUCUUCAAACUCUACUCAAGACCCCGAACUGGCGUCCUCGCUUCAAAUACUACCACUGGUCCCUUUCCCUUGCCGGUCUGACACUCUGCAUCUCCAUCAUGUUUAUGACGUCCUGGUUCUACGCGCUCAUCGCGAUUGGCAUGGCGGGUCUCAUCUACAAGUAUAUUGAAUAUCGCGGUGCUGAAAAGGAAUGGGGUGAUGGUCUCCGGGGUUUGGCUCUGUCGGCUGCACGCUAUUCCCUUCUUCGUUUGGAGGAAGGUCCACCACACACCAAGAACUGGCGUCCCCAAGUCCUCGUUUUGGCCAAACUUAAUCCCGACCUGAUGCCUACCUACCGCAAGAUGCUCGCAUUUGCCAACCAACUUAAAGCAGGGAAGGGACUGACGGUGUGCGUGUCGGUGCUCGGCGGGGAAUUCCCGAAGCGCGCAGGCGAGGCGUCUACGGCUCGACAGAACCUACGGAAAUGUAUGGACGAUGAGAAGGUCAAAGGCUUCGUUGACGUGCUCGUCUCACCGAAUGUUCCCGACGGACUGAGCCACUUGGUCCAAACGACGGGUCUAGGCGGUCUGAAGCCGAACACUGUGAUAGUGGGGUGGCCGUACGGCUGGCGACGCGCGGAGGAGCCUGAGCCGCGACACCGCGGGUUCCUGCACACCGUCCGUGCGGUGGCCUCGGCUCGCAUGGCUCUCCUCGUACCCAAAGGCAUCAACUUUUACCCUGACUCUACUGAAAAGGUAUCUGGCAAUAUCGACAUCUGGUGGAUCGUACACGAUGGUGGCAUGCUGAUGUUACUCCCGUUCCUGCUGAAGCAGCACCGCACCUGGAAGAACUGCAAGAUGCGCAUCUUCACCGUCGCUCAGAUGGAAGACAACUCUAUUCAAAUGAAGAAAGACCUCAAGAUGUUCCUUUACCAACUCCGUAUUGAAGCUGAAGUUGAAGUUGUUGAAAUGACUGACAGCGAUAUAUCGGCCUACACAUACGAGCGCACCUUGAUGAUGGAACAACGCAACCAAAUGCUCCGCGAACUGCGCCUCAACAAACGGGAGACAAUGGGAAUGAUGCAAAAUUACGUGGACUCGAAUGAAAACGCUGAGGAGAAGUUGCCUCUGGUACAGGCCAUAGUGGAUCACCAUCACGCCGACGUGAAGACCGCUAGCAAGGUUCGGUUCGCGGAGCCCAACGCUCCCCCCGCAUACAGCGAGGCCCCCUCGCCGCCCCUCGCCGACAACGAAGAGAAGGAACGAGACGAUAAGGACGACUUCCGAAGUAGUUUGUUGCACAUAAUCGAUUCAAUGUGGGAUUCGCCCGAUGAACAGUCGCAGUGUGAAGGCGCCAACUCCCCGCCACCCGAAGACAAACACAACGAUGCCACCGCCAACGGAGACGCUGUUAACGCCAUGCCCACCAUGUCUGACAUCACGCCUGACGAAGGCACGGUACGUCGGAUGCACACAGCCGUGAAACUGAACGAGGUAAUAGUGGCGCGGUCGCACGACUCUCAGCUCGUCAUAUUGAACUUGCCCGGGCCGCCGCGUGACACCAGCGUCGAAAGAGAAUCCAAUUACAUGGAGUUCUUGGAAGUACUGACGGAGGGCCUGGAGAAGGUGCUGAUGGUGCGCGGCGGAGGACGCGAAGUGAUCACCAUUUACUCGUGAACGGCGAUCACAUGCCAAGAUCAAAUAUCAAACCUCCUUGUGAUUUUCGUAACUAUUCGUAGAUACUGUGGUUUGAAAAUUCGAACGAAUUUUUUUUGUACAUACGAGAUAUCCAUCGUCUACUUCGGAUGAGAUGUAAUUUUUGACAAGGAUCACUCACAAAUUAAUCUGUUAGCUAUAAAGCAAUACUUCAACUGUCCGUUCUAUCUUGGGCACCUCUUAUAGUGAAUUUUAAAUGUUAAAAUUUUAUAUGAGGUCAAUCAAUAUACAUAAUAUUAUGUCUGCGUGAUAUUAAAUAUUCCGUUAAUGAUGUCGACUCGCUCAACAGUGACGAUGGAUGUAACGUAGAAAUGUACAGCUCGGCGUCGAGCGCCCUCUACUGUGAAGAGAAGCGUUUGACGUUUGUCAAGUUGGCACUACGCUGUCACAAAUAUCUUUGUACAAAAUUUGCAGUCACAAUUUCGACAUAAAUAUAAUAACGAAGGAAAAAGUUGCAAAAAAAAAA